AUGGCUGAACGAAGCCGCAUGAGCAUCGCGAUCGUCGGCGGAGGUAUCGCGGGUUUAACAUUGACGAUCGCACUUCUAACAAAAUUUCCACACAUCAGUGUCACCCUUUACGAGUCCGCCGAAGCCUUUGGCGAGAUAGGCGCGGGUGUCGGCUUCUCACCGGUUAUGGUUCGCACAAUGGCUCUCAUCAAUCCACGCAUCGCGGAAGCGUUUGUCAGAUGCAGUAAAGGGAAUACCGUAACCGACUCACCGAACUGGUUCACGGUGAGAGUGGGUGAUGAGAGGAAGAAGGGCGUCAAGCUAGGGGAAGAGAUCUUUGUUAUACCAGGGAGGAAGGGUCCGGGAGGUGGCGUACAUCGAGCGCAUUUCCUCGAGGAGCUGGUCAGACUGGUACCAGAAGGAGUUGCGCAGUUCAAGAAGAGGGUACUUGAUAUCACUAGCGCUGAUGACGGCUCCAUCGAUACGGUCUUGCACUUUGCCGAUGGGUCGACCGCGCAGCACAGUGCAGUACUUGGUUGCGACGGGAUCAAGUCGCGCGUGAGAUCCAUCGUACUGGGCGAUUCGGAGACGGCGAAGGCAGUCUUCUCGGGAAAGUAUGCGUAUCGGGGACUGCUGCCCAUGUCUGAGGCGGUGGAGAUCCUGGGCGAUGAGGCACCAAGGACACCGCAGAUGUAUAUGGGUUAUCAUGGGCAUGUGCUGACGUUUCCCAUUGCGAACGGCACCCUAUUCAACGCUAACGUGAUGAUAGUCGUUGCCUUUUCAUCGCGACCCACAUGGGAAGACUCGAACUGGGUAGUCCAAACAUCCCGCGAUGACAUGCUAGAGGACUACAAGCACUGGAUCCCUGCCGUGCGCACAAUCAUGCAAAACAUCCGGAAGCCUGAUAUCUGGGCGCUCUACAACCACCCACCUGCACCCACCUACUACAUGGCUAAGCCACUCAUCUGCCUUGUGGGCGACGCUGCGCACGCCUCAACACCGCAUCAAGGCGCCGGCGCAGGUAUGUGCAUUGAAGAUGUGUACAUUCUGAGCGAGCUGUUAUCCCGAUGUCACGAAAAGGCUAGUCUCGAGAAGGUGUUUCACGCAUACGAUGCGGUAAGAAGGCCGCGGAGUCAGACGCUGGUCAAGACUAGCAAGGAAGCUGGCAUGCUGUGGGAGUUCGAAGGAGAAGAUGUAGGCGAUGAUUUGGAAGCGCUGCGGAUUGAUGCGCAGUCGCGAAUGGCGUGGAUUUGGGACCAUGAGAUAUCAGAUGAUCUCAGUAAAGCAAGAUGCAUAGUGCAGGAGGGCUCACCAGACACUCCGUAG